CCCGCGCGGGGCUUCUCCGGCCGCGCGCUGCACGCGGGGUGCCCCCGCAGGGCUGGGUGCUGCUGCUCGUGCCCAUGGCGCCCCCGCCGCCCCGGGCCCCGGUGCCACCCCCGCCCGCCCCGCCGCCGCUGCCCCCCGGCAGCCCCGCGCCCGCCCCGUCGCGGGCCCGGCUGCGGCUGCGGCAGCUGCACUGGGCGGCGCUGGGCGAGGCGCAGGUGCGGGGGCGCCGCACGGUGUGGGGGGCCGGGGCCGACCCCGACCCCAUCCCCGUCCCGCUGGACCGGCGGCACCUGGAGGAGCUGUUCGCGGAGCCGCCGGCCGCCCCCCGCGGCCUGUCCCCCCUCGGCCGCCCCCCCGGACAGGUCUCGCUGCUGGAUGCCAAGAAGAUCCUGAACCUGGGCAUAUUCCUGAAGCAGCUCAAGAGGCCGCUGCGGCAGAUCGUGGCUGACCUGCGGGACGGGGCGGGCGCACUGUAUGGCGCCGAAAAGUUGCUGGAGCUCCGCAAGAUGCUGCCAGACGCUGAGGAGGCCCGGAAGCUGGCGGCCUUCUGCGGCAGCCGUGGACAGCUCUCGGAGCCCGAGCUCUUCAUGCUGCUGCUCACCGAGGUGCCCGGCUACGCGCAACGCCUGGAGCUGCUGGUGCUGCGAGAGGAGUUCUUCCCUCGGCUCAACGCGCUCGGGUCCUCCAUCCAGGUGCAGACCGCCGCCACCACCGAGCUGCUGGAGUGCAAGGAGCUACACAUCAUCCUGCACCUCAUCCUGAGAGCCGGCAACCACCUGAACACCGGUGGUUAUGCAGGCCAGGCUGCUGGCUUCCGCAUGGCCUCGCUGCUGCGGCUGAUGGACACCAAGGCCAACAGGCCGGGCAUGGACCUCCUGCACUUCGUGGCCAUGGAGGCUGAGAGGAUGGAGCGAGGUCUGCUGGACUUCCCAAGCAAGUUGCAGCACGUGGGACCGGCCUCGCGGAUCGUGGAGCAAGAUGUGGCGCAGGAGCUGCAGGGCCUGGCGGCGCGGCUGGAGGGGGCGCAGGCUGGCCUGGAGGCACUGGGGCUGCGGGCGCAGCUGGGCCCCUUCGUGCGUGUGGCGGAGGUGGCACUGGGUGAGGUGCAGGCCGCCCUGGCCCACCUGCGGCUGGCGACCGCCGCGCUGCUGGACUUCUACUGCGAGGACCCGGAGUGCAGCAGCCUGCAGGAGCUGUGCGCUGUGAUGCACACCUUCGCCGUGCGCUUCCUCGCUGCCGUGCAGGAGAACGAGGCACGGGCACAGGCGGAGCAGCGCCGAGCGCGGCUGGAGCGGGAACGACAGCAGAAGCGCCGUUCCAUCGCCACCUGCUCGGCCCGCGAUGCCAACCUGCCCCAGCCCGACCUGGACCUGCUGCUGUGGCGCCCGCCCCGGCCCCGUCGCCCAGCCCGCAGCCCCCGUGGCCCCGGCGUCCGCCUCUGCCUCCCACCCGAUCUCCAGGCCAGCCCCGGGUGCCCUGCCACGCUGCUGGGUCCCAGGGCCAGCGCUGGGGACUGUGCCAUGCUCCCCCGCCUGUCCCGGCGCCACACGGUGCCCACCCUGCCCACCCUGCCCGAGCCCCAGGACCCUGUGGAGCCAGUGCCCACCUCCCCGCCCCCACCUGCCCCGGAGCACAUGGGGGGUAUCUUUGGGCAGGGUCUCAAGGCCUGGCUUCCAGAGCAGCCCCCAGCUCCAGCCCCAGCAGCACCCCUGGCUAGGGCCCGCUCGCCCUCGUCCUCCUUCCGCUUCUCCAGUCUCUUCCACAAGAAGGGGGGGCAGGACCAGCCCGUCUCCCCCGGGGCCCAGCCCCAGCCCCGUGACCUCUCUACCUUGGUUGGCUUCUUUCGCUGCCUCAGCACGGUGGGGGAGAGGUGGCGUUGGGCCCCGUAGACCUGAGGGCGUCAGCCCCAUACAGCCCUACCCCGCAGGGUGCCUGUGGCCCCUGUCCUGCAGGCCCUGGCCAGCCUGGGGAUGGCGGUGUGCCCGCGGGCCCUCCCUGCGGCUGCUCUCGAGAUGUUUUUAUUGUUUGCUAAUAAAAAGUGAGAACUG